CCCGGCCCGGAAGUUCCACGUUUUGUGUGGGGAGACACGUGGGAGGCGGCAGGUUCGGUUUCAGCGACCCGCGGCAGAUCGGCCACGCCCCCUGAUCGAUGGCCCCGCCCCUGGCUCCGGGAGCAUGGAUCUUCCAUGGCGGCCGGACUCGAAUGUCCGGUACCGGGACCGGUGCUUCUGGGAUUCGCGGUACCGGGAGGCGGGGGCUACUCCGGCUGAGUGGUUUGGGGGCUUAUCCUGCUUCCGCCAGCAGCUGGAGGCGGAGCUGCGCCCGGGGGACCGGAUCCUGGUGCUGGGCUGUGGAAACAGCGCCCUGAGCUCCGACCUGUUCCAGCUCGGCUACACUGAUGUCACCAGCAUUGACUACUCUCCUGUGUGCAUCGCGGGCAUGCAAGCCCGCUAUGCCCAGUGCCAGGGCCUGCAGUGGGUGGUGAUGGACACUCGGGACUUGGCCUUUGCAGACGGCACCUUCGACGUGGUUCUGGAGAAGGGCACGUUGGAUUCUAUGAUGGUGGCGGAGACGGACCCCUGGAACGUGUCACCCGAGACCACGGCGCAGCUGGACCAGGUGCUAAAGGAGGUCAGCAGAGUCUUGCGGCCGGGAGGCCGUUUCAUCUCCAUCACCUUCGCCCAGCCGCACUUCCGCAAGCGCCACUACGCCCAGCCCGCCUACGGCUGGUCUCUGCGCCACUCCACCUACGGCACUGACUUCCACUACUUCCUCUAUGUCAUGUGCAAGGGCCAGGAGCUGUCCCCUGCUGACCUGGCGCUGGGGCGGAGACUCCACGAGCCGCCCUGCCCCGCCUGCCCGCCCAGCUUCCUCCAGGCCUCGGACAGCGAGGAUUAUCUCAGUGCAAUUGAGCUGUGAGUGGGAAGGGCCUGCGACAGUUGUAGCUGCAAGGAGUUCUCCAGCCAACGUGGGGGCCUAAGCCAACCAGUGCCAGCUGCAGCUGCUGGUGCCAGAUUCAUGGGGCUGGAUGACAGCGGGCUCCUCUAAUCCAGUGCCUUGCCUAUGGCUGGUAACAGGAGCCCAGCCCAUCCUUCCAGCCACCUGGGUGCUGUGAGACCAAAGGGAAUGUUGCUUUGCAGCCAGCUCAAUAAAGUCAGUUUCUCUGUAGUCCCCCAGCCCAGCCCCUCAUCCUGGUGCUGUCGAUCUCAAGGCUUCAGAACAUGGCUAUGUUCCCUUUGCCCUUUGUCCCAGGACCCCAGACUCCCCCUCCCCUGAAGGUCUGGCCUGUGUAGACUACAGUUCCCAGCAGCCACUUGGGUCAGGCAGCCCUGGGGGGCUGUUGUGUCUACAACUCUGCUCCCCCCACCCCUCCGUAGCUGGGUGGCUGCAGCCUGUUCCUCCAGCAGCAGCCGUGGGGGAGACAUGUGGGGAGCACCCCACGUCUGGCUGCAGAGCAUAGUGGGUGAGGGGUGGCAUGGGGGCUGGGGAAGCUUGCUGCAGCCCCGCCAGUCCAUUGCAGUGUGCACGCUCCGUGGGGCUGGAUGUGAGCAACGCCCGAAACCUGCUGCAGUUCUGCAGGGAGCCGGGGCAGGCCAGGCGGAACCGGGGAAGAGCUGGCAAAGGGCACUUGUGUGGGGAGGCUCAGGUUGACUUAGCUCCUGGACGAGCGCGGAGCUUUGGCUCUCUUCCUCCCCUCCCCCCCCCCCAGGUCGCUGGUCUGUGUGGCUGGUAAUGAAGCUGCCAGAGAAUCCCUGAAUCAUAUUAAUUCCCUCCAUCCAUCUUUGGGGGGGGGGAUGCGGGGAGAGGAGCCGGCCUCGCAUGCUCUCGCGUAGAUUUCGCAGCAGUGCAGAGGCAAAGGGAGGGAUUUUAGCAUUCGCCACAAGCAAAUCGCUCUAAUCCAGCUUCUGUCCUCGCAUGAUUAGGAAGCAUUAUGCCAGCGAGAAAGGGGCAGGAUUCCCGGCUCCCUGCUCAAUCAGCCGCUCCCUAGGGAGCUGUCACCCACAGCGUGGCCCCGGCUGGGUCCUCCCCUGCUCAAAGGCUCCUUGUGCAGCUCCCCGGGCAAGGGAACCUGUGGCCUUGCUGGGGUUGGGGGAGGGGAGGGCUAUCCCUUAAAUGGUUGAAUUUGAA